AUGGCCACUGUCUCAGUACCUGUGAAUACAAGUGCACUUUUAUUGGAUAUAGAAGGAACGACGACUCCAAUCACGUUUGUUAAGGAUAUUCUAUUUCCAUAUAUUAAGGAGCACCUAGAAGAUUAUCUGUCAGCUCACUGGGAAGAGGACGAGUGCAAACAAGAUGUGCACCUUCUUAAAAAACAGAUUGAAGAGGACAUGAAACAGAACCGGGCUUGCGCUGUCCACUCCGUGGACCAGACGAUACACACAGAUGAAGAGAAAGCCAUUAGGGAAGUAGUGGAUAAUGUUCUGUGGCAGAUGGCUGCAGACAGGAAGUCUACUGCGCUCAAACAAUUACAAGGACACAUGUGGAGGGCUGCCUACACAUCGGGGAGAAUUAAGGGCCAGGUGUAUGAAGAUGUCAUUCCAGCAAUCCGAAGAUGGCGAGCCAAAGGUUUAAAAGUGUACAUAUAUUCCUCUGGGAGCGUGGAGGCACAGAAACUUUUAUUUGAACACUCCAUUGAAGGAGAUGUUUUAGAUUUAUUUGAUGGACACUUUGACACAAAUAUUGGUGCCAAAGUAGACCGUAAAAGUUAUACAAAUAUUGCUGAAAGGAUUGGUUGUGGAUCAGAGGAAAUCACUUUUUUGACAGAUGUUACCCGUGAGGCAAAAGCAGCAGAAGAUGCUGGAGUGAAUGUGGUGCUGGUCGUCAGACCUGGCAACAUGGAGCUAACAAAAGAAGAGAGCGAUCACUACAACCUCAUAACUUCAUUCAGCCAACUGGAGGUGAUGGGAUAA